AUGGAAAAUAAUCUUAAAAGCAAUGAAAAAAAAUUUAAGAAUAAAUUAACUGUUAAUAAUAAUAAAAAUAUUGAAUGUUAUAGUCCUUAUUUAUAUCCUAAUAAUUUAGUAACGACUGUUUGGGUAACAAACAUUGAUAAAUCAAGUAAAGUUGAUGAAGUUUUAAAAUUAUUUAGUUAUUGUGGUAGAGUUAAAACUAUUAUUGUAAAAAAUAUCAAUAAAUAUUGUAAAGAUGCUCUGGUAAUUUUCGAAAAUAGUCAAUCCGUUGACACUGCUUUGCUUUUGAAUGGAGUCAUAAUUGGUACACUUCCUAUAAAAGUAAUUAAAGAGAUACCAAAGGAAUUGAUUUUCAAUGAUGCCGAUCUAAGUAAAGCUAUACCAAAUAUCUACAGUUUGUCACCUGGAUCUUUGACACCUUCAUCGUCAUCAUCAUCAUUGUCAGCAAUGAUGUCACCACCAAUAUCUUCUCAUGAACCACUCUCAGAGAAUGAUGAUUCAGCACUAUCAUCAUCUUAUCAACAACAUCUUAAUCAUUUAGUAAAUAAUCCAUUAGAUAAAUAUUACAAUAAUAAUAUUCAUUUCGAUGGUGGUUCAGAAGAUGACAAAGUUCCUCAGGAUAGUAGUGAAGAUCUUACCGAAGACUACGAAGAAGAAGAAGACAAUGAAAAUUGUCAAAAUGUGCCUGAGGCAGACAAAGAAGAAGAAGAAGAAGACGAACAAGAACCUGAUAAAACAGUUUUGUUUCUAGAGGAUAUACUAUCAUCUGGUAUUGCACUAUCAAAAAAUGCUUUAAAUGAAGCAAAGAAAAUUGAUGUAGGAGAUAUAGGUAAGAAAGCAUCUGCACUUAUUGGUAACCACAAAAACGAACAUCAGUUUCUACAGAAAAGUUCAGAAUCUUUUGAUGAUGAUCUUGAUUAA